AUGUACUCCUCCCUUUUCAUUCCUCUUCAUUUUCCUAAGUCUUUUUAUUGUCGUUUGGUUAUUUUAUUCUCUUUCUCUUUUUUACCAUUCUUCUUGUUUCCUUUUUUUCUUCCUUCCCCUCUUUCUUCCUUGAUUUCUUUUACCCAUUUCUUUCUCUUUUCUUCUCAUUGCCUGUCUUUCUUUCUUUUCUUUCCCAUUGUCUUUCUUUCUUUUCUUUCCCAUCUUUCUUCAUUCACUUCUUUCUCAUCUUUUCCUUUUUCUUUCCCAUAUUCCUUUCUUGUUUCCUUUUUCUUCUUUCCCCUCUUUCUUCCUUGGCUUUAUUUCUUUUACAACUUUCUUUUUCUUUUCUUCUCAUUGCCUUUCUUUCUUUUUUCUUUCCCAUCUUUCUUUCUUCCUCCACACCUUCUCUUCCUUUCCAGUUUUUAUCCCAUAUUCUUUUCUUGUUUCUCUUUUUCUUCUUUCCCCUCUUUUUUCAAUUAUUCUAUUUAUUUCUUUUUCUACUUCUUUCUCUUUUUUUCCUUUUUCUUUCCCAUAUUUCUUUCUUAUUUCCUUUUCCUUUCUUUACUUUAUUUCUUUCUUUUUCUUAUUGUUACAGUCUACAUUUCUCUUCUUUUUUUUCAUUCUUUAACAUUUUAUAGAGUUUCUUCUUCCUUUUUUUUCUUCUUCUUAUUUCUUUCCUGCUUGUCUCUUCUUUCUUUAUCACUUUUCUGCAUCCUUUUUUUCUUUCUCUUACCUUGUCUCUUUGAUUUUUUUUUUACAUUUCUUUUCACUUAUCUCCUUUUAACUUUUCAUUCCUCUGCAUUUUCUUCUUCUUUCCAGCUUGUCUAUUCCUCCAUUUUUUUCAUUGCAAAUUUUGUCUACAUCUUUUAA